AUGAGAGCGGUUACAAUUUCCUUGUUUGGAUUUCUUCUUGUCAUCGCAGCCACCAUUAUUAGCUUUUGUGAUGGGAAUUCCAAUGUGCUUUGCAUUGAGAGUGAGAGGCAAGCUCUUUCGAAGUUCAAGCAACACCUAAUUGAUCGAUCAAACAGGCUAUCUUCUUGGGUUGAAGGUGAGGAUUGCUGUGAAUGGGUUGGUGUUUUCUGCAAUAAUUUCACUGGCCAUGUCAAAGAGCUGCAUUUGGGGCUUCAUUCAAGUAGUCCUGACAUAGAACUGAAUGAUGAACGGGAUGUUUAUUUUCAGUCAGCUGAACGGGAUGCUUACUUUCGGUCAAAGCUAGGAGGCAAAAUAAAUCCUUCUUUGAUCGAGUUGAAACAUCUCAGUUUCCUAGACUUAAGCAACAACGACUUUGGAGGCCUGGCAAUUCCUGAAUUCAUUGGUUCGAUGAAGAGUUUGACAUAUCUUAACCUCUCUUCGGCAAAAUUUAGCAGAGCAAUUCCCCAUAAUCUUGGAAAUCUCUCAAAAUUACAUUAUCUUGAUCUUGGACACAAUUCCUUUUUUGAAGCUAAAACUCUUCAAUGGGUUUCUGGUCUUUCGUCUCUGCAGUAUCUUGAUUUGAGUGAUGCAAAUCUUACUAAAGCAACCGAUUGGCUGCAGGCAACACACAAACUUCCUUCUUUGGUGGAGUUGCACUUGUCAGAUUGCUAUUUAAAUAAUAAUGAUCCAUCUUCAAUCAGUGUUAACUACACAUCUCUUGCCGUUCUUGAUCUUUCUUCAAACAUGUUGUCUUCGAUACCUACAUGGAUAUUCAGUCUUCGUAGUAUUGUGUCCAUUGAUCUUAGCUCUAAUGGAGUUGAAGGUGUGAUUCUCAAUGGUUUUCAAAACAUAUCUUCUCUCAAAUUUCUUGAUCUUAGUUGGAAUUCAUUCUCUUCAUCAUCGACACUCAUCUGGUUGUCUAAUUUGAACCGACUUCAAUUCCUUGGUCUUCGUGGUGUCAGCCUGCAAGGUAAUUUUUCAAUUGCCAUUAGAAACUUGAGCUCUCUUACUCAUCUUGAUCUUUCAGCUAACCAGCUUGAAGUUAUAGAACCCAAAUGUUUGGAAAGUCUUUGCAAUCUGAGGGAGAUGGACUUGUCAAAUAAUGGAAUUGAUCAAGAAGUAUCAGAAAUCAUAGAGAGUUUGCCUAGAUGUAGUUUGGAUCGAUUAGAAUCAUUAAAUAUUGCAUCUAACCAACUUUCUGGCUGUUUACCUGAUCAACUUGGCCAAUUUAAAAAUUUGGCAUACCUUUCCCUUUCUGGAAACUCUAUUUCUGGUCCCGUUCCAUUCUCAAUCGGGAAUUUGUCAUCAUUGAAACUUCUUGAUGUUGCAUACAAUCGAUUGAAUGCAACUCUCCCUCAAAGUUUAGGACAACUUGGGAAUUUGGAACAUUUAGACGUUAGCAAUAAUAUGUUGGAAGGAAAUAUAUCAGAAAUGCACUUUUCUAAUCUCAAGAGAUUGAGAUUAUUUUGGGCAUCUAACAACAUGUUAACGUUUAAACCAAAUCCAAGUUGGAUUCCUCCUUUUCAUUGUGAAAGUAUUAAACUGCGUAACUGGCAUAUUGGUCCGCAAUUUCCUCAGUGGCUACAAUUCCAAAAGAAUUUGUCUGUUUUAGAUAUCUCACAUGCUGAAAUUUCAGGUGUCAUUCCCACUUGGUUUUGGAACCUUUCGACUCAAUUUGAUUAUCUAAACCUUUCCUAUAACCAUCUAGUUGGGGAGAUUUCAUAUUUACCGAAGAGUAGGAUGGUUGACUUGACGUCCAACCUACUCACUGGUCCAUUGCCACGAGCAAAUUCAAAUUUGGAGUUUUUAAUUUUGUCUAAGAAUCUAUUUUCAGGAUCCCUUUCUAAUUUUCUUUGCAAUUCCUCAACUAAACUGGAAGCUUUGAAACUUCUUGACAUUGAAUCAAAUCUUCUGUCAGGUGAAAUUCCAGAUUGUUGGGAAAAUCAGCCAAAGUUGGGAGUCUUAAAUUUAGGAAACAACAAUCUAACUGGCAAAAUUCCUAGAUCCUUGGGAUCUUUGCAGAAUAUUAUGUCAUUAAAACUUCGUACCAAUAACCUGUUUGGAGAAGUACCAUCCACAUUGCAACAUUUAGCUUAUAUGCUUAUUCUUGAUCUUAGUGAAAAUCAAUUGACGGUAAGUAUUCCAGCAUGGAAUGGAGACAAGCUUUUAAACCUUGUGGUUCUAAACCUUCGUUCAAAUAAAUUCCAAGCCCAUAUUCCUGAUCAAAUUUGUUCUCUUAAUUCUCUUCAUUUCUUGGAUCUUGGUUAUAACAAAAUUUCAGGAGCCAUUCCAAAAUGUUUUAGUAACCUAAAACCCUUGGACCGAGACGGUUUGGCCUGGGGUUUGUUAAUUGACUCUUACAACUUGUAUUAUUUUGGUGCAUUAUUGGUGAGGAAAGGAAGAGAGGAUGAAUACAGUACCAUACUAGGUCUUGUUACCGGCAUAGACCUAUCAGUAAACAGUCUCACAGGAGAGAUCCCCAAAGAACUUGGCAAUCUCACGUGGCUGCAGUCAUUAAAUUUGUCAGGGAAUCUCCUUACAGGAAAGAUACCAGAGAACAUUGGCAAUAUGAAGUUGUUGGAAUCUCUUGACUUGUCGAUGAACCGAUUGCAUGGUGAAAUCCCUUCAAGUUUCUCCAAUUUGAAUUUCUUGAAUCACUUGAACUUGUCCUACAACAACUUGACAGGACAAAUUCCAUCAGGCACCCAGCUCCAAAGCUUUGACAGGUUUUCUUACAUUGGCAAUCAUCUUUGCGGACCUCCAAUCACUAAAAAUUGCAGCGGUGGAACACCUGGAAUUACAAAUGGAGAUAGCAGUGAAGGAAGGCACAGGUCUAAGAUGAAUUGGCUUUAUGUGAGCAUGGUGGUUGGAUUUGUGAUGGGGUUUUGGGGAGUAGUGGCUCCCCUGUUUUUCAUCAGGUCUUGGAGGUUUGCUUACUAUAAAAAACUAGAGCAUAUUGGUGAUAAGCUAUACGUGUUUUGGGCUACUAUUGCUAAAACUCUUCCAUGGGUUUCUGGUCUUUCGUCUCUGCAGUAUCUUGAUUUGAGUGAUGCAAAUCUUACUAAAGCAAUUAAUUGGCUGCAGGCAACACACAAACUUCCUUCUUUGGUGGAGUUACACUUGUCAGAAUGCUCUCUAAACAAUAAUCCAUCUCCAAUCAGUGUUAAUUACAAAUCUCUUACUGUUCUUGAUCUUCCCGGCAACACGUUGUCUUCGGUACCUACAUGGAUAUUCAGUCUUCGUAGCCUUGAGUCCAGUGAUCUAAAAUCUAAUGGAGUUGAAGAUGUGAUUCCCAAUGGUUUUCAAAACAUGUCUUCUCUCGAAUUUCUUGAUCUCAGUUGGAAUUCAUCCUCUUCAUCAUCGACACUCAGCUGGUUGUCUAAUUUAAACCAACUUCAGUUCCUUGGUCUUCGUCACGUCGGCCUGCAAGGAUUUUUCCAAGUGCCAUUGGAAACUUGA